GAGAGAGAGAGGGAGAGAGAGAGUGUGUGUGAGAGAGAUAAAUCUGCAUUAUUCCUCCAGAAGCGGGACUGAGGCAGGAGUCCGCGAUAGAGGAACCACCUGCAGACAGCAGCCGCUCUCAUUCUCCAGCAACGCCUCAAUAUGUUACGGAUUUGAUUAAACAGUGUGUAAACGACAAAUACUUCCUUCAUACAGUGGGUAAACACACACUGUCGUGGAGAUGCAACAGUUUAAGAAUUUAUCGAUUUGCCUCAUUUCCCUUUUAUGUGGGUUGUCAGCUGGAGGGUCUCCAAGUGUUCAAAUUGGGGGCUUGUUUCCGAGGGGAGCUGAUCAGGAAUACAGCGCGUUUCGGAUCGGAAUGGUUCAGUUCGGAACGGCUGAAUUUAGACUGACGCCUCACAUCGACAAUCUGGAAGUAGCUAACAGUUUCGCGGUAACUAACUGCUUCUGUUCUCAGUUCUCAAGGGGAGUUUAUGCUAUUUUUGGAUUUUAUGACAAGAAGUCAGUGAACACAAUAACGUCGUUCUGCGGGACACUUCACGUCUCCUUCAUCACACCAAGCUUUCCCCUGGAUGGAAAUCAGCAGUUUAUCAUUCAGAUGCGACCAGACAUCAAAGGUCCUCUCCUGAGUCUCAUUGAGUACUACAAAUGGGACAAGUUUGCCUACCUGUACGACAGUGACCGAGGACUUACCACACUCCAAGUUGUGCUGGACACAGCAGCAGAGAAGAAAUGGCAGGUGACCGCCAUCAACGUGGGCAACAUGAAGGAUGAGAGAAAGGAUGAAGCAUAUCGCUCGCUCUUUCAGGACCUAGAAACCAAGAAGGAGCGGAGAGUCAUCCUCGACUGUGAGCAAGACAAAGUUAAAGACAUCAUGGAGCAGGUGAUAACUAUUGGCAGGCAUGUGAAGGGAUAUCACUACAUCAUAGCAAACCUGGGUUUUGUGGAUGGAGAUCUUUCAAAAAUCCAAUAUGGUGGAGCCAAUGUAUCAGGCUUUCAGAUUGUGGAUUUCGAUGACCCCCUGGUGUCCAAAUUUGACCAGCGCUGGGAAGCUCUGGAGGAAAAAGAAUAUCCUGGAGCAGACAGUAAAAUACGGUAUACUUCAGCACUGACGUAUGACGCAGUUCAAGUGAUGACUGAGGCCUUCCGCUACCUGCACAAACAGCGAAUUGACAUCUCACGUAGAGCUAACAAUGGAGACUGCCUGGCUAAUCCAGCUGUACCAUGGGCACAGGGGGUUGAGAUUGAGCGUGCCCUAAAACAGGUGAGAGUUGAUGGUCUCACUGGUAACAUUCAGUUUGACCAGUAUGGAAAGAGGGUGAAUUACACCGUCAAUGUCAUGGAACUGAAAAGCAAUGGACCAGUUAAGAUUGGCUAUUGGAAUGAAGUUGAUAAAAUGGUCGUGACAAAGUCUGAUCUCUUCCCAAAUGAUACAAUGGGGCUGGAAAACAAGACUGUGAUUGUCACCACCAUUCUAGAAGCACCAUAUGUAAUGCUGAAGAAGAAUGCUGACCUUUUUAUGGAUAAUGAAAGAUAUGAGGGGUACUGUGUGGACUUGGCAGCUGAAAUAGCUAAGCACUGUGGAUUUAAAUAUCAGCUGAAAAUAGUAGGAGAUGGCAAAUAUGGAGCUAGAGAUGCAGAGACGAAGAUCUGGAAUGGAAUGGUUGGAGAGUUGGUUUAUGGGAAAGCUGACAUAGCAGUGGCUCCAUUGACUAUCACUUUAGUCAGAGAAGAAGUCAUCGACUUCUCAAAGCCAUUCAUGAGUUUGGGCAUCUCCAUCAUGAUCAAGAAGCCUCAGAAGUCCAAGCCUGGUGUGUUCUCAUUCCUGGACCCUCUGGCCUAUGAGAUCUGGAUGUGUAUCGUGUUUGCCUACAUCGGGGUGAGCGUGGUGCUUUUCUUGGUCAGUCGUUUCAGUCCAUAUGAGUGGCACACAGAGGAAUAUGAAGACGGCCAGAUCCAGACCAAUGAGUCAACCAAUGAGUUUGGGAUUUUCAACAGCCUUUGGUUCUCUCUUGGAGCUUUUAUGAGACAAGGCUGUGAUAUUUCACCAAGGUCUCUUUCUGGCCGCAUCGUUGGAGGAGUCUGGUGGUUUUUCACCCUGAUCAUAAUUUCUUCCUACACGGCUAACUUGGCUGCCUUCCUAACAGUGGAAAGGAUGGUGUCUCCAAUUGAGAGUGCAGAGGACUUAGCAAAGCAAACAGAGAUUGCUUAUGGAACUUUAGAUUCUGGUUCAACAAAAGAGUUUUUCAGGCGUUCCAAAAUUGCUCUUUUCGACAAAAUGUGGACAUACAUGAAAAGUGCGGAGCCCUCAGUAUUUGUAAAGACGACAGCAGAAGGUGUUAUGCGGGUGAGGAAGUCCAAGGGGAAGUAUGCAUACCUGCUGGAGUCCACCAUGAACGAGUACAUCGAGCAGCGCAAACCCUGUGACACUAUGAAGGUCGGAGGGAAUCUGGACUCCAAAGGCUACGGCAUCGCCACCCCCAAAGGAUCCUCAUUAAGAAAUGCGGUUAACCUCGCAGUACUAAAACUGAAUGAACAAGGCCUGUUGGACAAAUUGAAAAACAAAUGGUGGUACGACAAGGGAGAGUGCGGCAGCGGGGGAGGUGAUUCCAAGGAGAAGACCAGCGCUCUCAGCCUGAGCAAUGUGGCUGGGGUCUUCUACAUCCUAGUGGGCGGCCUGGGCUUGGCCAUGCUGGUGGCCUUGGUCGAGUUCUGUUACAAGUCCCGAGCCGAGGCCAAGCGCAUGAAGGUGGCAAAGAAUGCACAGAAUAUUAAUCCCACUUCCUCGCAGAAUUCACAGAAUUUUGCCACUUAUAAGGAAGGGUACAACGUGACCUUUUCGGAUGCUAUGAGGAGCAAAGCGAGGCUGUCUAUAACUGGAAGUACUGGUGAGAAUGGACGUGUGAUGAGUCCUGAGUUCCCCAAAGCAGUACAUGCGGUGCCCUUUGUUAGACCUGGUGUGGGAAUGAACGUCAGUCUCACUGAUCUCUCCUGAUGGAUAAGAACCUGCCGAGUGCCUUACACAAUGGUUUUCAAUAGAGCGCAUUCUAUUCUCUUUCCUGUCGCUUUCUCCCAUAUAUCUCUCGUCUGAAUGGAAGACGGAGGCCUCAUUUGAUGUCAUAGAGACAUAAGACUUCCUUGGCCCUUUAUAACAAAAGAUGCACUCUCCUAUUGGAAACAAGCCGACUGAGAUAAAGACACUCGCUUAGCGAGCUGAUGACAUCUACCCCCCCGUAAUGGAUAUUUUUGACGACAAACUUGAAACUCACAGAAGCUCUGAGCGGGAAAGAGAGAAGUCAACAAAGUCUGUCUGUUUUCGUAGCUGACGCCAUCCAAUGUCUAUUUCGGCUCAAGCACACUUUACCAUUGUCUGCUUCAGGAUGUGAAAUGUCUUUUUAUUAAUAAAACAAACAAACAAAAAAAUCUCGAUGAAAAAGUAUUUUUAUGUAUUUUCACAGAAAAUGGCUUUUAAAUAAACCUGCUUACAUACCAGUUAAUUAAAGCUGUAAAUCAUAAUCUUGACAUACUUUUAAGAGCUUAGCUAAUAGUUUCACAUUUUAAUGCCAAAUAUGUUGCUUAUCUUGUAAUUUAUUAGUCCUCUUCUGAUAUAUUCAUUAACAUUUUGGUGUUGAUAUGAAAUAUCUAGCAAUGCUUGACAUCUGUUUGAAAAGUGGGUGCCGCUGUUAUGUUCUCUUACUUUCAUCAACUUGUUUGGUUUUAAGAAUCUGUUUGUAUUUUCUUGUUUAUCAAGAAAAUCAGGGUAGCGGUUAUAAUAUUAAAAAAAGAAAAAAGUGUUUACAAUAUGAACAUGACAAAAAAGGAAAAUGUUUAAAAAAAAGUACCUAUUGUAUUAUUGCAUAUGUUUUGCUGUGAAAUGAAUAGAAGCAUACACAUCAACAAAAUGCUCUGUUAAAAAUGCCAAAUAAUUAAAUGUGCCAAAUUUAUUGAUAAAUAUAGUCAUAUAUUAAUCUGUCAUCAAUGUGAAUGUAGUCAAUACAUUCUGUAAGUUUUGUUACUAAAUGUACAGUUGGAUGGUAUACACAGUGAUUUAUUUCAUUUUUUUUUGGGUUUGUUUUUUUACUUUAUAGCUAUUUUAACAUUCACACCACAAUAUGGCUUUUUUAUUUCCACUCUGCAUCUUGACUUUGUUUUCCAAGCAUCCAGUUUAUAUUCUUUCAUAAAAUGUGAGAAAUUCCAUAUUACAGGCAAAAACAUCUGCGCUUAUACUUCAGUAUUUAAGAUACCUACCACGAGAGAACGUGUUUGAUAAUGAUAAUGAUUCACAGUUUAUCUUACAGUUAAAUGACUAUUUCCUAUAAAAGCAGUGGCAACCGUAACAGUUAACUCUUGAUAUUGCAAUAAGCCAAGAUUAACAAACAAGAGAUGUCCCCAAAAGUGAGAGUAUAUUUGUAAACUUAGAUAAUUAUCACUAUUAUGUACAGUUUUGAAUGAUUUUUAUUGGUCCUUUUUUCUCUCACUUCUUCAGCCUUUCUCUCCUCAGUCUUUCGCUCUAGACUGGGAGACAGAUACUGGGUAACACUUUUGGUUUUGUCAUGAUAUACUUAAUAUUAGUCGAACAAGUCCAUGUAAUUUUAAGGACCGCUCUCUCUCUCUCUCUCUACCAUUUUGUAAAUGAAUGUGUGCCAACUUGUUUAUUUUUUGGGAUCCUUUCUAAAUAAAAGCUGACUAAUAGUCUUA